UUACUUGCCUCUAUCUCUCUCGUCAUAACCAUAAAUUCACCGCGGGUUUCCAGAAUUCCCCCACCCCGCGCCAUAUGCGAGUACUCCUCCUCCCUACACGCCAUCACCGCCGGCCACCGCAAACCGACCCGGCCGGCGACGACGCACGCUGCAGUUCGCGUUGCAUUGCGAGAAGCUUUUCGAUGGAAGCAGAAGGAUCGUCGUCCCAGCCGCCGCCGGUGCUGCUACUCCGGCCCACACCCCACCAGCCGCCGUCCUUGGCCGUCUCUCGCGGGGAUGGGGGCGUGGUAUCUGACGCUGAACAGGGCGACCUGGUACACGAGAUGGUCGAACCAAUGUCCAAGAAGAAUGCUCCUCUGUUCACUGGCCCUCCUCCUGAGCGCCCGGAGAACCCCGUGAUCCGCGAUCCCCUCUUCGGCAAGGCUCUCCCGACUCCGACCGACUGCUUCACGCUCGCCGACGCAUGGGCAAGACCACGGGCGAACGGCCACCACCCUGGCGAGCCCUGCGCCGCGCCGUCUCUUGUUUGGGUUGAAACUUUCUGCUGUCUCGACCAUGGUCGGCGGAGGCGCCGGAUCGCCGCGAGCGCUUGAAGACUUGGAUUCGAUAGUACAUUGAAUUGAGGAACUGUACAUAGCACUGCACUGUAGAUAUAUAUUUCUUUUUCUACUCAACCGAGACAAGCACGGUAGAUAUAUGUUUAUACGAGUGGUAAUCAAUUGCAUAGGUAAUUAGGGAUUUGGGUGUGUCUAUAAUUGGUUAAGCAUGGUUGGCAAGAGAUUUGAUAGUUUAACACUCUUUUAAAUGUGUUUCGAUUAUUCGACAUCAUGACCCACUUUCAUUUACUUAGAUGGUUUCACAUGUCAUCCUCACAAAUAUCAAUUAAAACAAUUGGGCAACGAAAAAAGUGUCAAAUUAUCAAAAUUUUCCUUAGCGACCAUAUGAGAAACGCUUAGGAGCUCCACAAUAUGAUGGCCUAGUCGGCCUAGAUUCAAAGCCUCACCCCUUUUAUUUAUUUGAUAUUAGGCACUUCCCUAAUAUUUAUGUUUUUUUUACUUGGUAAACAUAUAUGUUACCUACAGAUGUAUAAUCAUUUGCAAAGAUAAAUAUUGCCACUUUACUUUGGUGACAAAAGUUUUCACGGCUGGCUACACGAGACAUUA